AUGACGACACAUCACUCUAGAAUAUUGUCAACCAUUACUUCCGUCAUUCCUGAAGAGGCUUCGUUCCUUUUUGGUUCGCUGACGCUGCCGUACACGCAGGUCUUAGCCAAGUCCGAACUGAGCUACGCCUUCGUUAACAUAAGGCCGUUCAUGCCGGGGCACACGCUGGUGUCCCCGUUGCGAGUUGUUAAGAGAUACCGGGAUAUGACUGCCGAAGAGCUAUCCGAUUUCAGCGCUCUAGUUCAGAUCACUGCUGAAGCUCUAGAAUUAAAAUACGGUGCCACGGCCAGUACAAUAGUUAUUCAGGAUGGGAAGGCAGCCGGCCAGACAAUACCACAUGUGCACGCACACGUAAUCCCAAGACACGAGAAAGAUUUGGAAAAUCCGGAUUCCAUUUAUGACGAGCUGGAGAAACCCACUAACAGGCUAUGGACCGACGAGGAGAUGGCGGUUUGUGCAAGGGAAACACGACCCUUUGUGGACAAAGUGAUCGAAGAAGGCGCGUUGGGUUGCCUCAAGCCCACAUAG